AUGGCCGGCUUUUUCAACAAAAUAAAGGGUUCUGGCACUGCCACGACCACUACACCCAAUAAGCAAGAUGUUGUCGCAAAGAAGAAGGAAGAGCCCGUGCUCGACCUCACGCCGCUCGAGAAGAUGCUCCAGAAUGCAGCUCCCCUUCGAGACGAUGGCGCCGAUCGCUUUUUCGGCCUCGAGAAUUUUGGGAACACAUGCUACUGCAACUCGAUCGUUCAGGCUCUGUUUUAUUCCGAAUCCUUCAGGAACAAUGUUGUCAAUUACCCCCCGAUUAUGCCCUCGGAGACAAACGGCAGCCGGCCAAGGGUUCCCAUCACUAUCAGACCUCCACCCACUGACCCUGUCGAGACCUUGCCGAAACAAAAGGGCCUUAGUACAUCCCAAGUAAUCAAGCAACGACAGGCCAUGAAUCAACAGUUGCCUGGGCAGGUUGGCGUUCGACCUGAAGACAAACCUGAUACACCCGAAUACAAGAAGAAACAAGCGAUGAUCAAAGGGCCCAUCCUGGAAUUGGCACGAGAGAAUGCCACUUCUUAUGGUAUGAAUGAAUGCACAUUUACUGGACUUAAGGACAUUUUUCUGGCCUUGCUGGAAAGCAACACCCACACAGGAGUCCUCAGUCCACAACGAUUCCUCGAGAUAUUCAAGCGCGACAAUGAAAUGUUUCGAAACUCAAUGCACCAGGACGCUCAUGAGUUCUACGGCUUGGUGUUGAAUGAUGUCAUCAACAGCGUUGAGAGCACAGCUCGCCAGAUGCAGUUGCAGGCGCCAGCUGACGGCAUUGAUGGCCUGGCAACUUCAGUGGGACACGCUCUUGGAUCUGCCAUGGUAAAUCACGUAGCUGGGUCAAGUUCCCCAGCAACGGGAUGGGUCCAUGACAUUUUUGAAGGCGUUCUCACAUCAGAAACCAAGUGCUUGACUUGCGAGACUGCUUCUCAGCGCGAUGAGACAUUUCUUGAUUUGUCCAUUGACUUGGAAGAGCAUUCGUCAGUGACAUCUUGCUUAAGAAAGUUUUCAGCUGAGGAGAUGCUCUGUGAGAGAAACAAGUUCCAUUGCGACCAUUGUGGUGGCCUUCAGGAGGCCGAGAAGCGAAUGAAGGUAAAGCGGUUACCCAAAAUCUUAACGCUCCACUUGAAGCGGUUCAAGUAUACCGAAGAUUACAGUCGUUUGCAAAAGCUCUUCCAUAGGGUCGUCUAUCCCUACCACUUGCGCAUGUUCAACACGACAGAUAAUGCCGAAGACCCGGAUCGACUCUACGAACUAUAUGCAGUAGUGGUCCACAUUGGUGGUAAUGCCUACCAUGGUCACUACGUGUCUAUCAUCAAGGUUCCGGGCAGGGGGUGGAUCCUGUUUGACGACGAGAUGGUUGAACCGGUGGACAAGAAUUUUGUCCGCAACUUCUUCGGUGACAAGCCAGGGAUGGCAACCGCGUACGUUUUGUUCUACCAGGAAACCACAUUCGAGAAAGUGCGAGAGGAGCAAGAAAAAGAGGGUAUGGAGGAGGUAAAACUCGCUAGCGAAGCAGCCAAUCUGGCUCAGGAGAACGGGGACAAAUUAGAUACGGCGCCUCUGAGACGGCAAGCAACGCAGCCCAUGUCGCCCCUGACACAUCACGAGUCGAUGGCAAAUCUUGCCCAUGCCAGUACGGCACCGGUCAUGCCUUCAGCUCCCCAACCGGAUCCUGCGCCCCCAGCAGCCGCUGCAGCUGCAACAAAUGGCCUGACUCGUGUCACUACGCAGAAAGAAGAAGCCAAAUCGAAAGAGGACAAGAAACGAGAGAAAAAGGAGCGUGAAGCUGCUGAGAAGGCCGAGAAACUUGCGGAGAAGGAGCGAGAGAAACAGGCCAAGGUUGACGAGAAGAAACGAAGAGAAGACAAUUACAAAGCGAUACAGGCACGACGAAAUGAGAACGAUGAACUAGCGAAAGUGUUGGAAGCCAGCAAGAAGUCUGCAGCACAAGAAGAGGAAGCAAGAAAGAAAGAAAACGGAACACCUCAGAGCAAUGGAAUUCUCGACCGAACCAAACGUGGUAGCAAGUCGAUGUCAAGGAGAAGUUUCUCACUUUUCCACAAAGACAAAUCGGCAGGGCAAACGCCUGAUACGCCUAACGGCGAUGCAGGCGAUAAACACGACAAGCUCAAGGAUCGCCUCAGCUUCAGCUUGGGACGUAAAAAGAGCACGAAUUUACUUUCGUAA